AUGGUUCGCGUCACCGCUACUGUGGUUGCCGGUCUAGCUGGUCUAGCCGGCAUGGUGUGUGCUCACCCUGGCCAUGAUGUGCGCGCUGAAGCCGCUGAGCGAGCGGCUUUCUUGAAGCGUGCCCCCAUGCACGCUCGCGGUUUGAGCCAGUGUGCCAGCAAGCUCAAGGCCCGGGGCCAUGAGAGCAGCAACAUCGCCCGUCGCCAGGCGACGUUGGACUCUCUGCGUCGUCGCAAGGGGCUGUCCACCCGCGCUCCUCUGCUCAAGACCCGCGACCUGACCACCAUCCUUAACACCUCCCACCUCUCCUCGCUGGACGUGAACGAGAACACCCAGGAUUACGAUACCCUGUUUGCCUCCAACGCCAGCUGCGUUCUCGGCCCGGAUGUCACCCAGGGUCCUUAUUACGUGACCGGUGAAUUGAUCCGUAGCGACAUCACCGACUCCCAGGAGGGCGUCCCGUUGUACCUAGACAUCCAGCUGGUGGACAGCACCACCUGCGACCCCGUCCCGGAUAUCUACAUUGACUUCUGGCACUGCAACGCGACGGGCGUCUACUCCGGCAUCCAAGCCAGCGGCAACGGCAACUCCAACGAUGCCGCCAACCUCGACGCGACCUUCCUGCGUGGUAUCCAGCAAACCGACGACUCGGGCGUGGUGCAGUUCGAGACUAUCUUCCCAGGCCACUACACCAGUCGUGCGACUCACAUCCACGUCCUAAGCCACAACCCCAACGCCACCAGCACCAACAGCAACGACACCCUCACCGGCCUCGACAGCACCACCGCCAACCACGUCGGCCAGCUCUUCUUUGACCAGGACCUGAUCUCCGAGGUCGAGGCCACCAGCCCCUACAGCACCAACACCCAGGAGCUGACCACCAACGCCAACGACUCGAUCCUGUCCGAGGAGGCGGACACCAUCGACCCGUUUGUCGAGUACGUGCUGCUCGGCGACUCGAUCAGUGAUGGCGUGUUCGGCUGGAUCUCCUUGGCGAUUGACUCCGAUGAGUCGAGCAGUAUUACUCCGGCCGCUUAUUAUACUGCUGAUGGCGGGUUUGAGAAUGAGUCUUCCGGUGGUGGUUCCGGUGGUGGUAGCGGUAGUUCUGGGAGUGGGAGUGCGCCGGGGGGGCAGAGUUCGGGGGGUCCCGGUGGUCAGUAG